AAUUCAUGAUGCGUUUGGAAAAAAAACCAUUUUUCCAUGUUUUGUUCUUCCAAGAACCGAUCUCUAUUCCCAUUUAUAUUCUAACUGACACAUGUGUAUUCGAAAAUUGAACUCGAGAGUGCGAUCUAUAUUUCGAAAUUCGAAGUAAAAUAGGCGACAUUUCUGGAACGCAUAUAAGUUUGACGUUUGUACUGACAUUUGAGGUUUUGUUUCUUUUUCGGCAAUGCUUGCUGAAGUUAUCCAAAUACUAAGACGAAUAAAUUGAACCUAACAUUAUUUUUUCCGAGUGAUGAUUGAUAAUUAAUAAAAAUGCUAAUUUUAUACAAAUCAAAUAAUUUGUCGCUAUUCAAAUUUUUCGCCACAAUAAAUACUAGCUUCAGAAAAUUUCGGUGUUAUUCAUCCAUAGCAUCAAAUGUAACCCAUUCCAGUCAUCAGUUCAAUGCAUCGGAAUCUAAGCUAUUUAAAAAAACUCUUCAAAUGGGAAUUGGUCAACAUGUGCAAAGAUUUAUGCAUAGUAAUAGACCCGAGCAGAUCAGCAAUGUGCAUAAAGUAAAGUCUAAACCAUUUUACACAGAUGAUAGUAACCCAGAUGAGGUGUCUAUCUACCAAGGCAAAUACACAAACCAAAUACUUCGUGUUAAAAUGUUUUCAUUAACAACAAGUGCUAUGGGCUUGGUGGCCCAGCCAAUAUUAUGGCACAAAGGCUUGGAAGUUGGCGGCGCUGGUCUUAGUGUACUGAUGUGUUCGGUGGCUGGAAUUUUUACAUUUGUAACCCCUUUGCUAUUGCACUUUGUUACCAAAAAGUAUGUCAUUGACAUCAAAUACAAUGAGAAAACCGAUGAAUACACUUGCGUAACCAUUUCAUUCUUCUUGUUCAGAAAUGAAACAAAAUUCAAUGUGAAGGAGAUUCAUUUACCAGAAGUUGAAACAAUGUUUACAUCUAUGAAAAUUGGACCCAAAAAAAUACCGGUAUUUGUGGAUGCUGCAAGUUUUAACGACACUCAUCACUACGCUCGUUUCAUGGGAUACGAUAAACCUAUGAAUAUUCGAUUAGAUGUCAAUGAAAUCAAUUCAACGGCGAAUUCCGAUGUUUCAUCCACCAAAAUGAAGUCGACUCAAACACCUGAUAAGCCAUAGGUCAUCGUUUGGAUUUUGUAGGCAAAAUGAUUGUUUAUUGAUUGUUAUCAACUCAAAAAUAUGUUAUUUUCCCAAAUGAAAACAAUCGAAGAAAAAAAAAUAUAUCAUUGUAUCAUUCUUAAUUUCAAAAGAAUUACUGAUAUUUUUCUUGGGUUAAAUUGGCAAUAAGCAAGUUAUCAAUAGAAUAAUAGCUAAAAAUCAAUUAUGAAUUUGUCAAAAUGACAGACACGAUAACAUCUAUCGAAUAUAUAUAUAUAUAU